AUGGACACCACCGGCGCCACAGCAGCCGCCGGCGGCGGCGCCGCCGCCUUCUCCGGCAGCGGCAUCAGCGCCGAGGAAGAGCAGGCCCGCAUGGCCGCCAUGGUCGAGAAGCUCCAGGCCAGAGACGCGCUCCGGAUGUACACCUGGCUGUCGCAGCGGUGCUUCUCCGACUGCGUCUCCACCUUCUACCGCAAGACGCUCGGCAAGGGCGAGGGGGCCUGCGUCCGCGCCUGCGUCCGCAAGUACCUCCUCGUCACCACCGCCUCCGCCGCCCGCUUCGCCCAGCUCGCCGACCCCUACGCCGCCGUCGCCGACGACGAAGACGACGACCAAGACUGAUUCCUGCGGCAACUCUGGAAUUUUUUCUGUGUCUGCUCUUGUUAGAUCUUACUACACUAUGCAGUUGAGAGAGUAGCUUGUGAUACCUGAAGAACCACACUAGCAGUAGCAGGCUAGAAGAAAACCACG